AUGCCUUCGUGUCAUCGGGAUUUGCCUUUUGGUAUGUUGGACAUCAGGCAAUCUGAGGCCACGAAUAUUAAAAAAAGGUACCCAAAUCGCAUUCCCGUCAUUUGUGAGCGCUAUCCGCGCACAAACCUACCGAUUCUGGACAAGAAAAAAUACCUGGUACCCUGCAAUAUGAUGGUUGGGGAAUUUAAGUACAUUAUUCACAAGCAUCUGUGCAUGGCCAGCGCUAUGCACGGAUCGAAAACGUCUUUCGACAAAACAGUCUACCUAUUUGCCGGAGGGCAGGUGCCUAAGGCUGGAGCUAUCAUGCAGGAUGUUUACGAAGAACUGAAGGAUCCUGACGGGUUUUUGUACAUGCAAUAUUCGGCAGAGAAUAUCCUAGGCGGCAGGGGUUCCAAUACGACCCAUACUAUAGCAAUACAAACUAUACUAUAG